CCUAAAGACAAAACCGUUCUAUCUGGGAAUUUGGUUGCUCCUCGUGAUAGUCUUAUGAUUACCGGUUUAUUGUUCCUGUUUAGUCCCGUGCCUGGUUCAGUAUUAUAUGCCACACUUUAUUCCGUUUAGGCUAAAGUCCACUCUGGAGUCUUGCUGAAGCUUGCUCUACUACGCAGUGAAAUUCUGAGCGCUGUAUGUGAAGUCUCGUGAACUUCUGCAGUUGAUGAUACCAUAGUUUGGCUCCGAUUCCGGAUUCGUUUCAUCAAAGUCGUCGUUCCUCACUGGUUUGAUAACAAAAGACAGAAGUCUAGAAAUGGAUGGUUGUGAUGGAGCUGGUGACCUGAUUAAGAAGGGACUGAAGCGAAAAAUCACGCAAAAGCAUUUGGAAAAUGGUACAGCGAUACCGAAGAUAGAGGCGAAGAAGAAAGAACCAGCAACACCAAGAAGCAAAGAAGAAGAUCCAGAGGUUAUAAAAAAGCGGAGAGAGCGAAAUAAAAUCGCAGCGACUAAAUGCCGUAAGCGAAAGAGAGAGAGAAUCGAAAAACUAGAAAAGAAAACAAAAAACCUGGAGGAAACAAAGAGGAAGAAAUUACAAGAAAGAGCGAUACUUUUGGCAGAGCUGCGUCGAUUGUCCACGGCUCUGAAAAAUCACUGUUGCAAACUUGCGCCAUUAACAUCUGUGGGAGACUGUGGACGUACAAAUCAAUCAAUGUCUUCAUUACCGAAUGUAGCACUUUUUAAUUCUUUCCAAUGUACGGAAACUUCGAUGGAUGUUAACUUCCUUUCAUCUACGUCUGGAGUAGCAAGACUCCUGCAAUAAGUGACAUUACUAAAUAGAAAACAGUUUGUGGCCAUAUGCAACAGACGUGACAUUAUUUUGAAACUUACAUUAAGCUUUUAACAUGUUAAACAAUUCAUAUCUUGAAGAUGUACUUAUACCGGCUCUAAUUUCUUCGGAUUUCCGAAGAUAUCGUAAAUUUUAAGGAUUAAUUGACUAAAUUCCCUCUACGGUAUUUUCACUAUCGUUGUGGAAGUUGAACCCAUAAAAUUUUUACCGCUUUGUCAUUUUGUAACAAGGUAGGUAAGAUGCCUCGCAUGUACUGUUCACUUUGAAAACUACCUACCUAGCCCCGCAAUUCUACCAGACUUCAGUGAUUAAAUAAACUGGUUCAUGACAUA